GGUGCCAGUCCAUUCAAGUGACAUUGGGCGACCCACGCAACAUACAGUACGUAGAAACAGUACUGGUAGCAAGGCCUGGCAGUAGAAGCCUUGGCAGCAUCGAGAAUCAGGAGCCGGACUCGUCGAAGCCGAGCAAACAGCGCCACCCAGCAGCGAACUGCCCACACCACUAAAAUCGAGCAGAGAGUUACCAGCUACCUAGCUAGCUAGCUAGUACUUCUGUUCAGCUGUUGUGGUGUUGCCAGUGCCUCUUUGUUGCCUGUUGUGACUAUUAUACAAUUAUACAAUCAUCCCAACAACACAACACAACACGAUACAUUACAUUGCACCCAGUGGUUAGUAGACUAUCAAUAGUGUAGCUACUGGCAUACAGAGAGAGUAAAGAGAGAGAGAGUAUGUGUUGGAGAGACAGCGGCGACCGCGAAGGACUGGUCCAAGUACGAAGCUCCAACGACGACAGCAACAACACUACUAGUAGUAGUGGUAGUACGACGGCUCGAGUAGUUGCUGCUACUAGAAGUAGUCUAUCAUCAAGGAUGGAUCCGCAAAAGCCAUCCUCAACCAUAAGAAGAGACGCAGGAGAAGCAGCAGAAGAAGAAGAGGAUCCGUUAGACACGCUGGGCGCGCGAGUUCAUCCGCCUAAUCCUGGAAACACUUCUUUGCCGUUUUCUACAGACGAUUUCGAACCCAACAAUGUCUUUCUACAGAGCUUGAAGAGACCACCAACAACAAGUACAACCACUGCUACUACAACCACAGCUACUCCAAGACCAAGUGAUCUUGCGUCUCAACAGUACUUGUCUGCUGCUAGCACCCUCUGUCAUCUCCAGGCUCAGACUCACCCACAGCAACAGCAACAGCAACACACGACUGGUCAGCCUGCUCAUGCUGUAGCUGCUCAACCAGCUCCACAUGUAGCUCGUGCUCCACCUGUUGCUCAGGCAGCCCCAGCUGUAGCUCAAGCUCAUGUGCCAGUGGUUCCCACCAUGAUUUCCUUUCCCUCCCAACCUACUCAGUCUUCUACCCAACCUGGCCAAGCCCCUCCUGCAGCACCAGCCCAUGCUCAACCACAGCUGCUGGCUUCUAGCAACAUUCGUCCUCUGCAGCGCAUUCAACCAAACACUUCUGUCACUCCCACUGCCAUUCACAGUACUACUCUACUAGCUCCACCACAACAACAACAACAGGCACCACCUGUUCCACCACCUCCCAAAGUAACCACUGUCACGGUCAAUAGUCACAUGCUCGACCGAAGAAAACAGUUCCUUGUCUUUGUCAAGAUUCUACUCAAUCACUUACAGAAGAAUGGAAGUCCAGGAGCCAAAGGAGUUCAUCCCCAACAACUCUAUCCACAAGUCAAACACAUUCUACAAGAUUGUAUUGUCAAGAAUCGACAAGGAGAUCCCAACUAUCAACCACUCCAUUUGGCGGCCGAAUCCCGUAUUCUGCCGUUGGUAGGACCGCAAAACUGGAAUCGAUCCGUGCAAUACUUGAACCUCUUUCUACGAAAACAGGCGCAAUCCAGGACACUGCGGGCCAAUCAUGGACAGCCAGCAUUGCCCACGACAGCAAACAACAACAACAACACUCCUGCACCGGCCCCUCUUUCAGUGCCAAUCUAGACUGAUCAUCUAACUAAUCAAUCAUACUACUACUAGACUGUUAAGUUGUUGCACGGGGAAAGAACGAUGAGGGGAAUCUCUAGCUAGAGAUUACAGUAGAAUGCCAAACGUAAAACAGAAUCAAUUUUUG